AUGAUGUCAAAUACAAGUAAUAUAUCGAAUAAUGUUAACCAAUUUUUGGAUUUUAUAAAUCAAAGUCCAACCGCUUUUCAUUGUGUGGACAAUGUUAAAACUAUAUUAAAAACUGCCGGAUUUAAAGAAUUAAAUGAAAAUGAACAAUGGAAUAUUCAACAACUGGGAAAAUAUUAUGUAACAAAAAAUGGUUCAUGUUUAGCAGCAUUCGCUGUUGGUGGACAAUAUAAACAUGGUAAUGGUUUUGCUUUGGUUGCUACACAUACAGAUAGUCCACAUUUGAGAGUCAAACCGGUUUCAAAACGUGAAGAUAACGGAUUUUUACAGGUGAAUGUUGAGUGUUAUGGAGGAGGCAUUUGGCAUACAUGGUUUGAUCGUGAUUUAACACUAGCUGGAAGAGUCUUUUUCCGCAAAAAUGAUAAAAUAGUAACAAAACUUGUUCAUGUUAAACGUCCAAUUUUGCGAAUUCCUAACAUAGCCAUCCAUUUGCAACGAGAUAUGAAUGAAAAAUUUGUAAUUAAUAAACAAGAUCAUUUACAAGCCGUGCUAUCAUUAAAAGCCACAGAAGCGUUAAAUAAGAAAAAAGAUGAAAAUGACAAAUCAGACUGCAGUACAAAAACUAAUGAUGGAGAUUCUGAGUCAAAAAAACAUCAUAGUGAAUUAUUAGAAUUAAUUGGUGAUGAAUGUCAAUGUAAGCCAGAAGACAUAAUCAAUUUCGAUUUUAUGUUAGCCGAUACUCAACCGGCGUGUGUGGGUGGAUUGAAAAAUGAAUUUCUUUUUUGUCCAAGACUAGAUAAUCAAAUGAGUUCAUAUUGUGCUAUACAGGGCUUGAUUCAAUCUCUUGAUAGUUUAACAAAUGACAGAUACAUUCGUGGUGCAUUACUCUACGAUAAUGAAGAAAUUGGUAGUGAAAGUGCUCAAGGUGCGAUGUCUGAAUUUACACAGCAUAUACUUCGGCGAAUAACAAGAGAUAAUCAUGAACAAUCAAUAGCAAAUUCAUUUCUAGUCUCAGCUGAUAUGGCUCAUGCUAUUCACCCAAAUUACAGUUCACUACAUGAUAAGGAUCAUAAACCAACACUUUCUCAUAGUGGUGUUGUUAUUAAAACAAAUUGUAAUAAUAGAUAUGCAACGACAGCAUUUACAUCAACGAUAAUAAAAGAGGUUGCUCGAAUUGACAAUGUUCAGUUACAGGAAUUUUGUAUGCGUAAUGAUAUGCCAUGUGGAACAACUGUGGGACCUAUUCUCAGUUCUCGAUUGGGAAUUUAUACAAUUGAUGUAGGUGCUCCUCAACUGUCGAUGCAUUCCAUUCGAGAAAUGUCGUCGGUAAAAGUUUUUGAAAAUUAUUUGAUCUUUUUCCAGGCAUUUUAUAAAAAUUUCCAACAAGUUCGUGAUUCUAUUGAAAUUUAA